CCCCCCCAAAAAAAAAAAAAAAAAAAAUCAUCCGUGUUCACCUCUCUCUCUUUUCUUUUUCUCUUGCCUUUCACACGCAUACAGAUUUUUUUGGUUAACGAAAUUGGGAUUUUCAUUUGCUGCUUAGAUUGGAAUUAUUUUAUUCGGACCGUUAUUUUCCUUUUUCCUGGAAAAUUAACAAAUAAUUUGUUCAUAAAUUUGUCUAUCUGAAGCCUGUGGAGAUUUCGUUAUGGCGUCGAGUUUUGAUCGCUGGGAGAAGGAUCCAUUCUUCUCUGCGGCUGAGGAAGUUCAAGAAUCCGCUGACAGAAUUCGAGGAACGGUGGGCCGAUGUUAGUGUGAUGGGCCCCAAAUUUUGAAUAAUUCACGAUUCAGAAUUUCCUAUUGAUGGAAUCUACGUAUAGGACAUGGAUUCAUGCCACGAAAGACGCUUCCAGUAUGUGGAAUGCUGAUGAACUUCGUAGGGAUCUCCGAACUGCCCUUGGCACUACCAAAUGGCAGUGGUGAUAUGUUACUAAAUUUUCUGUGGGCAAUGCAGUUAGAGGAGUUUGAACGGGCUGUCAACUCGAGUUAUGUUAGAAAUUCAAUUGAUGACGCAAAAGACAGGCAUCGUGAAUUUAUUUCCGCUAUUGAGGACCAGAUUUCGAAAAUUGAAAACUCAUUACAGGAAUCUUCUCUUUCAGAGGGAAAGGCUUCACAUCCUUGGGUUCGUUUGGAUGAAGGUGAAUCCAAUGAACUUGCACUGUUUCUUUCCGGACCUUCUACAUCCGAAGACAAAAAUCCUUCUAAAACCCAUGCCAGAGACAAUGAAAACCUACAAGUAUCAGAGAAAGAAGCGGCGCCCGAUUGUUCAAAGACCUCAAAUCAUUCUGCUGAGUGGGGUUCCCAAGAGACUAGGGAGGAGAAGUCGCGUGGCCAUAGGAGGACAGCUAGUGCUAGUGCAGACAUAGGUGCCUGGAAGAUAUCAGUUUUCGAUGAUGGUUUUCUACCUGGCUCUUCUAAUCGGCAGCCCAACCAGCCUGUUCGGAAGAUACCUAGUUUUUCAGGCUUCCUUAAUUCCAUGGAAACUGUGUCCAAGUUAAAAUGGCCCAAGAACGCUUGCAGGAAAUGUAAGGCAAUGGAUUGUAGUCAAGAAGCUGACAGUGCAUUACUACGAACUGCUAAUAGGGGCAUAAAUUCAUGCUACGAAAAAAGUAAGAGUUGCUUGGAUAGUUGUGAUGACUGUUAUGAUAAACAACUGUAUGGCUGGUAUGGUGCUAUUCAGAGACAGCUUCAAAGGUCUCAGUAUCAAAUGCAAUACAGUCGGCCUUUACAAAUGACAUUUUGGAUAGUUCUCCUCCUAUGCUUAAUUGCUUUAAUCACAUUGCGUGCAGUCUGACCUGUGGCUUAAAGCUUUGUUUUGGUCCAAGAGGCUGCAGAUUUUUGAGAAUUCAGAAGCCUCUUUACAUUACCGGGUAGAAAAAUAGUUAGUUCUUAUCUUACACUUACAUGCAAGAUUAUGUUUCAAAAAUACUUAUAGUGAAUAGGUGCUGAAUGCAUCCUAGCACUUUUGAAGAGUCCCUACUCAUUCUUUCAUUUUUGCCUUUUUCCAUGUUUCAUCUCUCCAAUUUUUAUUUCUUUGAUGAAAUAGGAAGCCCUGUUGUAUUAUUGUUAGAAAGAAGGUAACAGAGAAACUCGGGCAACAGUUUGUAAGCCAAAUAUGUAAACUUUGAGUUUCUGGAGUUGUAGUAUACGCACUGGUAUAAAUUUAUCUGGUAUGUAAAAUUUGAUGUCUCCCCCAGUGACUCUCUCCCUUAUAACUAAGUACUUGUAUUGGCACUAUAGAAGAAUGUAAAUUUAAACAUGACGGUGCAAAAGUGCGCUGGCUGCCCUGUUUUCAGUC